AACCACAGGGACCAUGGCUUCAUCUGGCGGAUGGUGCCUGCAGAGCUGUGGUUUGGAUCCUUUGCACUGGCCAAGCUGAUGGACAUCAACAUUUGGCAGGCCAUGACAAACGGGACAAGUGUGGAAGAAUUUCUCCUUCUUGGCUUCCCAGGCUCGUGGCAGUCCCAGGUCUCCCUUGUGGUGGUGUUUGCUCUGACCUACUCCCUGGCAGUAAGCGGCAAUGCGGCCAUCAUAGCUCUGGUCUGGGUGAACAGCCACCUCCAGACCCCAAUGUACUUCUUCCUCUGCAACCUCUCCUUCCUGGAAAUCUGGUACACUACAGGGGUUGUUCCCAAAGCCAUAGGAGUCAUGCUGGGGACUAGCUCGACCAUCUCAUUCAGUGCUUGCAUCCUCCAGUUGUUCUUUCUUCUCUCCCUAGGCUCCACUGAGUGUUUUCUCCUCUCUGUCAUGGCCUAUGACCGCUACUUAGCCAUAUGCUACCCGCUGAGAUACAGCUCCCUUAUGAGCAGCACCCUCUCUGCUCGGCUGGCACUCUGCUCCUGGCUGGGAGGCUUUCUGGCCAUCUCACUGCUGGCCUUGCUGACAUCCAGGCUGAUGUUCUGUGGGCCACAUGUCAUCAAUCAUUUCCUCUGUGAUAUCGAUUCCUGCCUUGCCCUCUCCUGCAGUGACACGUGGCCUGUGGAGCUGGCAACCUUCCUUGUCUCCAUAGUAGUUGUAGUGGCCUCCUGUGUGCUCACCCUGGUCUCCUACAUGUACAUCAUCUCCUCCAUCCUGAGGAUCCAGUCCGCCCAUGGCCGGAAGAAGGCCUUUUCCACUUGCUCUGCUCAUCUCAGUGUUGUCUCCAUCUGGUUUGGCUCCACCAUGUUCCUGUAUGUCAAGCCAUCUGCCCACAGCUCCCUGGACCUGAACAAACUUGUCAAUACCUUUAACACAGUUGUCACUCCUGUGCUGAACCCAUUCAUUUACACCCUCAGGAACCAAGAAGUGAAGCAAGCUCUGUGGAGGGCUUUACAGAAGAAGUGA